AUGAAGCUCUUAGCACUCUUGUUCGUCGUAGCUUCCGCCUGCAUCGUGUUGGCUGCACCCAUUAAUAUCGCAAUGGACAGCGAUUUAGCGGUAGAGAAGAACGCAUCGGAGGAAGCUCGUGAGGUAUGGGCUCUACGAUCGUCGUCGUUUGUGUACGGUACUUCAUCCACCCACCCCAGUCCGGUUGGGAGGUCGCAGACUGGAAACGGGAUGCUGAGUCCGAAGCUGAACGCAAUUAGUGUUCCAACAGAUGUGCAGGAAAUGUCAAAACAGGUGUAG